AAUUCUGCAGUAGUGUAUUUUGUUGUUGUUGACCCCCAACCUCCUCCAACUCCUCCCUUCUUUCCCAAACAUUUCUAGCCACAGAAUCCUAAAAUAGCAAUUCAUGUCUAGAGACAAAGUUUUGAUAUAAACGUUUUCAGGGUUUAUAUUUUUAAUUAAUUAAUUUAUAAAUAAAAAGAAGAAGGAAUUGAUUCUUUGAGAAGAAGAGUGAAAAUAUAGUGUUUCGGAAGAGGUGUACGGAAAGAAGUUUGAAGGGUUUUAAUGGAUUAGUGAAGUCAUCAUCUGGGUUGUUCGAGAUCGAUUGCGAAACAGCAAAAUCGAAGAAAUCGAGCUCGAAGAGGCGUAUGAUCUUCUGAAUUUGGAUCAAACAAGUUUGGCAAAAACAUGUUGAUCUUCUGAAGGGUAAUUUUACUUGUUGCUUAAAUAGCUAUUAAAGAAUGUCUUUAGUUUACUAGAGACAUCGAUUUUUUUCAUUUGUUUUUUCGAAAAAAAUUUCUACUGUAGCACCAUAAAUUAGCAAAGCAGCUCCCAAUACACCAGCAACAAUUAAGAAGAAGUUUGACCAAAUUUCGUGUGGGACAUGAAAAUGACCAAUCAAUGCUUGUUUUUUCUGAUGCUAAUUAAGAAUAUGAUGCAUGUGACUAUAAUUGAUUAGAUAUCAAAUAUUUAAGUUUUUUUAUGUUAGUUUCCGAUCUUCAUGUCUUCCUCUUCCAAUUUCGAGAUAACAGCCUUUAUUAAAGAGUCAAAGGACCUCUUCAUACCUUUCCCUGUUAUUGAAGAAGCCACAAAAAAGUUUAAAACAGUUCUCGGGAAAGGUGGAUAUGGCUCUGUUUACAAAGGAGAACUAUCACUUUCUGGUGAACUUACCACUGUGGCUGUAAAACGACUAGAUAGCAGUAACAUUUCUGGUCAAGGAUUUAAGGAAUUCUUAACAGAGAUUCAAUUGCUAUCUCGUUAUAAACAUCCAAACGUCGUCUCCUUAUUUGGUUUCUGUGAUGAAGCCGGUGAAAAGAUCCUUAUUUACGAGUACGCAGAGCAUGGAAGCCUUGACAAACACCUACAUGGGUUGGCUAAAAUAACUCGUCCACUAACAUGGGAGCAAAGAAUCAGUAUAUGCCUUGAUGUGGCUCGCGGUUUAGAUUAUCUUCACAACGAUGUUGCAAAAAACCAUCGAGUGAUCCACAGAGAUAUUAAGAGUGCAAAUAUUCUCAUUGGUUGUGACUGGAAAGCUAUGAUUGCAGAUCUUGGACUUUCCAAAAUAGGUCGUGCAAAUGAAAGUGACUCUUAUGUAAUCACUAAUGCUUCUGGCACAUAUGGCUAUUGUGAUCCACUAUAUAGGGAUACUGGAAUCCUGACCAAAGAAUCCGAUGUUUAUUCAUUCGGUGUGGUUAUGUUUGAAGUCCUAUGCGGGCGGUUGGGCUUCAUGAAUGUAAACAAUGAACAUCGAUUCCUUGACCGAUUGGCCAAACGCUACUACGAAACACGAAGGUUAGACGAGAUAAUUGAUCCCUAUUUGAAGAUUGAAGUGGACUCUGAUUCCUUGGAGAGGUUUUCAGAGAUUGCAUAUCCAUGUUUGCUUAAUGAACGGGACCGACGACCCUCAAUGGGUUUGGUUGUUCAAAAACUUGAGGAAAUGAUGGCAACCUCAAAGGUCUCGCAGAUAAAUCUUAAGGUACCUAAUUCGAGCCACCAUGGAACCUCGAAUCAAUAUUAUAUUCUUGGUCACAAGACUGAAAACAUUCGUGAUAUUUACACAUUGGGACAUCAAAAGUUAGGCCAAGGUCAAUUCAAUACUACUUAUUUGUGCACCGAGAUUGCAACCGGAAUAGAUUAUGCCUGCAAAACAAUCUCCAAAACGAAGUUGACUUCAAAAGAGGAUGUGGAGGAUGUUAGGAGGGAGAUUCAGAUAAUGCAUCAUUUGGCAGGACACAAGAAUAUCGUGAAGAUUAAGGGUGCAUAUGAGAAUGCUUUGUACGUUCAUAUAGUCAUGGAGCGAUGCAAUGGAGGGGAAUUAUUUGACAGGAUCAUUCAGAGGGGACAUUAUAGUGAAAGGACAGCUGCGGAGUUGACAAAGAUCAUCAUCGGAGUUGUUGAGGCAUGCCACUCACUUGGGGUUAUGCAUAGGGAUUUGAAACCCGAGAAUUUCUUAUUGGUUGAUAGAGACGAUGAUUUCUCCCUCAAGGCAAUUGAUUUUGGACUAUCUGUUUUCUUUAAACCAGGACAAAUACUCACCGAUUUUGUGGGCAGCCCCUAUUAUGUGGCUCCUGAGGUGCUUUUGAAGCAUUACGGUCCAGAAGCAGAUAUAUGGAGUGCAGGGGUGAUGCUUUACGUACUGCUUAGUGGUGUCCCCCCCUUUUGGGAUGAAACACAAAAGGGGAUAUUUGAUGCAGUUUUGAAGGGACACAUAGAUUUCGAAUCAGACCCAUGGCCCCUUAUAUCUGACAGUGCAAAGGAUCUUAUUAGGAAGAUGUUAUGCUCACGCCCUUCAGACCGUUUAACUGCUCAUGAAGUUCUAUUUCAUCCUUGGAUCUGCGAAAAUGGUGUUGCUCCUGAUAGAGCACCGGAUCCAAUUGUUCUUACUUGUUUGAAGCAGUUCUCUGCAAUGAACAAGUUGAAGAAAAUGGCUUUGCGGGUUAUAGCUGAAAACCUGUCGGAAGAGGAGAAUACUGGUUUGAGAGAAAUGUUCAAGACAAUGGAUAGGGAUAAUAGCGGUGGAAUAAGAUUCGAUGAACUCAAAGCAGGCUUAAGGAAGUUCGGCUGUACGUUACUAGAUACAGAGAUACGAGACCUUAUGGAUGCGGCUGAUGUGGAUAACAGUGGGACAAUUAAUUAUGGAGAAUUUCUAGCUGCAACGAUUCACCUAAACAAACUGGAUAGAGAGGAGCACCUUGUUGCAGCAUUCCAGUAUUUUGACACGGAUGGAAGUGGGUAUAUAACCGUUGAUGAGCUUCAGCAAACUUGUGCAAUUCACAAUAUGACUGAUUUUCCUGCAGAUGAUAUCAUCAGAGAAGUUGACCAAGAUAACGACGGGAGGAUUAGUUACAGUGAGUUUGUGGCCAUGAUGAGAAAAGGAAAUGCAAGAAUUGGAAGAACAAUGCAGAACAGCUGAUCACACCAGGGGCUCUCUGGUAGUUCCCUUUCAACAUUUCGUCUAUAGGCAUAUCCCUAUUUUGCAUAUGAUUGUUCUUGGGUCAUACUUAAAGAAGAGAACAGUUUGACAUACUCUAGAUUGUACAGCACGAUAAAAAUAGGUGUGGCAAUUGAGGCGUCGACGCCAUAGUUUAAAUGUUUGCCUCUAUCGAAUGGCAAUGGACGUUUAUAGUCUGAACACGUGCUUUUGUUGACAUGGUGUAUGGUUUCAUUGAUUGUAAAUGCUUAAUGAGUGUAAAGUUUUUUGGUGGUUCAAA